AGCGGCUCCUGGCGAGGCGAUAACGGGGACGCGGCCUGAGGGCGGGCGCGGAAGGCUCGAGGGGAAGCGAAGCCACCUGCGCGCUCCGCCCCGGCCAGGCGAGUCGAGGCAGGGCUGGCUCCCAUGGUGAGGAGGAGGAGGAGCAGGAGCCGCGAUUGGGAGCCGCCGGCGCGCCCCGUCUGGCCGGGAGGCGGCAGCAGCAGCAGCAGGAGGAGGAGCAGCAGCGGAGGCGCGGAACUGGAGCGGCUGCCCGCGAACAUGGCGGCGACGGAGCAGCAGCAGCAGCCCCCCUUGAUGGAAGGCUCCGUCGGCGGCUCGUCUCCCGGCUCCGUGCCGGUGCUGUUCUGCUUCUCGGUGUUCGCCAGGCCUUCGGCGGUGCCGCACGGCUCGGGCUACGAGGUGCUGAUCCAGAAGUUCCUGAGCCUCUACGGCGACCAGCUGGACAUGCACCGCAAGUUCGUGGUGCAGCUGUUCUCCGACGAGUGGAGCCAGUACAUCGACCUGCCCAAAGGGUUCCUGGUGGGCGAGCGGUGCAAAGUGCGCCUCGUGCCGCUGCAGAUACAGUUAACUACAUUGGGCAACCUCACACCUUCAAGCACUGUGUUUUUCUGUUGUGAUAUGCAAGAGAGAUUUAGACCUGCUAUCAAGUAUUUCGGAGAUAUCAUCAGUGUAGGCCAACGAUUACUUCAAGGUGCACGGAUUUUAGGAAUCCCAGUUAUUGUAACGGAACAGUAUCCUAAAGGUCUUGGAAGCACAGUGCAAGAAAUAGAUUUAACUGCAGCUAAACUUGUCUUACCAAAAACAAAGUUUUCUAUGGUAUUGCCUGAAGUUGAGUCUGCAAUAGCAGAGAUUCCUGGAGUUCGCAGUGUUGUUUUAUUUGGGGUAGAAACUCAUGUCUGCAUCCAACAGACAGCUCUGGAAUUGGUAGGCAGAGGUCUCGAAGUUCACAUUGUGGCUGAUGCAACGUCUUCAAGAAGUAUGAUGGACAGAAUGUUUGCCCUAGAGCGUCUUGCUCGCACCGGGAUUAUCGUUACCACUAGUGAAGCUAUAUUGCUGCAGCUAAUAGCUGACAAAGACCACCCCAAAUUCAAAGAAAUCCAGAACCUCAUUAAGGCAAGUGCUCCUGAGUCAGGGCUCCUCUCCAAAGUAUAAAAGACGACAUUCUUGAAAGACCAUUGGUAAUGGAGAGUCAAAGAUGUAAACUUUCUCACUCGCGUGCACACACACAGACACACACAUACACAUCACCUGCAACUUGAUGUAAUUGUGCUUGCCUUAGCAGAAUUUGUUUGGUUAUGCUGUUCAGGUGCGAGUGUAUUCUGUUAGUCACAGUUGUCCCAAGGCUCUGGGUACCAUAGGAUCAUUUUUGUUGUCAAACAAACUUUAAAACAGAGGUGCCUGUUUGUCUCUACUGUACCCACUGAUUGUAACACAGUUCAGAAAAGUGCAUAUUUUUUGUGAAACCUCGAUUGUGCAAAUGUACUUUGGAAUUGUUUUACUUUUUGUACUAAUAAUACAAUGACAUAGAUAAAUGUGAUACAUAAUGUUUUGCCAUUCUGCGAAUAGAAUCAUAUUUUAAAUAAAAGAUAAAUAUAUAUAUAUA